CAACAUAAGCUCACUCUAGUGUUGUCUCUUCGCGGAACACCACUGAUCACCGCACGCGCAUGUACUACCAACUUUUUUAACAACAUCGCGGUUUUUAUUAGCAGUGCAAUUUUUUAUAGUGGUCCAUUAAUGUUGAUUUGGUAACAAUGGCGUGUCGAUCGUGCGUGACAAUAUUAUGUUUAUUGAGUGUGAUCUUGGAGGCGGCUGAUGUUUUGACUCUCUCGAUACCAUCGCCCCGCGUCUGCAUCAUUGGCGCGGGCUACUCUGGACUGGGCACUGCUCGGUACAUGAGGGAGUACGGAGUCAACUUCACAGUAUUCGAGGCUUCCCGCCACAUCGGAGGCACCUGGAGGUUCGACCCUCACGUCGGCACCGAUGAAGAUGGACUACCUCUCUUCACUAGCAUGUAUAAAAAUUUAAGAACAAACACUCCUCGCCAGACGAUGGAGUACGCCGGGUUCCCGUUCCCCGAGGGCACUCCCUCCUACCCCACGGGACCCUGCUUCUACAAGUACCUGCAGCACUUCGCCAAACAUUUCGAACUCAUGAACAAUAUACAACUCCAAAGUUACGUGAACCUAGUGAAAUGGGCCAAAGACCACUGGGAGGUGACGUACACGAAGACCGACACGAAGGAACAGUUGACAGAAGUGUGUGACUUCAUAGUGGUCGCGAGCGGAGAGUUCAGUAGCCCUGUCGUACCAAAUAUCGAUAGACUGGAGAUGUUCAAAGGAAAAGUGAUUCACAGCCACGAUUACAAAGACGCAGAAGAGUUCAGGAAUCGUCGCGUACUUUUAGUCGGUGCUGGAGCAUCAGGCCUUGAUCUGGCAAUGCAGCUAUCCAACGUGACAUCCCAGCUCUUCCAUAGUCAUCAUCUCAACUACAACCAGCCAGACUUUUCCAAGACUUACGUUAAGAAACCAGACAUUGACUCGUUUACACCCACCGGAGCGUUUUUCGUUGAUGGUUCCACUGAAGAGUUCGAUGAUGUUAUCUUUUGCACAGGUUACAACUACAACCAUCCAUUCCUCGACAGCAGUUCAGGAGUGACGGCGUCGCGCAAGUUUGUACUGCCGCUGUACCAGCAGACAGUCAACAUCAAACAUCCCAGCAUGACCUUCGUAGGAGUCUCCAAGAAAGUCAUCAACAGAGUUAUGGAUGCUCAGGGUCAGUACGCCGCAGCACUAGCGUCAGGAAAGUUCCAGCUGCCGUCACAGGAGGAGAUGCUGAGGAACUGGCUGGAGCAUGUGUACGCGCAGCAAAAUAAGGGCAUGAGGAUCGUCGAUGUCAAUGUUAUUAGUGAUAUGGAUUCAUACUUCGGUAACCUAACUCUUGAAGCAGAUAUCACGCCAGCACCCCCAGUACUGACUAAAAUAGCUCGUUUCAACGGCAAGAACCGUCUGGAAGAUUUGCUCAACUAUCGUGAUUAUGACUACAAAGUUAUAGAUAAAGAAAAUUAUGAGAGGAGGUAUACACCAAGAAAAGAGUUGCCUUGUCCUAUCGAACUACAAUAAUUAAUUUUAAACUUUUGGAGGAAAUAUUGACUUAUGAAAUUGGACAAUCUUGGAGGAUCUUAUAGAUCUUAAAGAAGAAUAAGCGUACAAUGUACAGAUCUUGAGUGAAGAUCAAAUUUUAAAUGAUGAGAUUAUUAAAACGAUGUGAAUUAUAACAUGAGUGGAUGAUGUGAGUGCAUUUCAUUGACCAAUACAAUUGAUCUUGCCUGUAAUGACAGUAGGUACUAAUUGCAGGGCCCGUUUCACCACUUCUAAAUAUUUUGAGGGACCUUUAUAUAGUUUUAUCUUUAUGAAAGUGGUGAAACGUGCUAUCAUUUAAAUAAAAUACAUUAAUGCAAUUUGUUAUUCAUUUAUUUGAAUGUUACCAUAAAAUCAAUAAUGUAAUAAUUAUUAUAAAUUAAUAGGUACAAAAUAAACUACUUAUCCAGUAUUGAUUGUUUUUGUACAUUCAUUGUUUGUAAAUUAAGUGAUUUUUACUAAUUAUUUAAUAAUUCUAUAUAAAAUUAACUAUAGUGUAAAAUCCUAACUAUAAGGUACAUUUUAAUGUUAUAUCAAAUAAUAAACAGUUGGAAUUGU